AAAUGGUCACCACCCUCAAACAGAGCACAUAUUUCUGUCUGCUCCCAAUCCCGCAGCAACCUGGAGGAGAGACAGCGCAACUACAUCACUGCCCCUGCCUCUUCACAGCGUUGGUCGCCAUCCAUCCCCUCUCCUCCUCCUGUACCAUAACAGAUGGUGGGAACAACAUUUCAUGCACCGGGCACCACAACAAUAGACCGCAGCAUCCCGUCCACCCCGCUCCGGCCUUGCAGCAUCAUGCUCCCAGUGCAGGUCUGCAGGAAGCUCUGAGUGCCGUCGUGAAUUGUUUCACGCCGGUACCAGCAAAACCACCACCACCACGGCCACGGAGAAACCUUCUUGCCACUGUUUGGGCUCUCCACCGAGCAAAGGAAGAUGGCCGCUAUGAAAAUAUUAACCAGCGCAGGGCUUUUCUUGGCUUUCUGCGCGCUGGGUCUUCUCGCCAUGGCGAUCUGCACUGACUACUGGUACGAGACCGACGCCAGGAGACACCGAGAGAGGUGCAAAAACUAUGCCAACAAGCGAAACGACCCCGGUUACAUCUACAUUUCAAACCACAACCUCCCCCUUCAAAUGCCUCCAAAGAGCGGCCCUGAUGCUGCUCCUCUCGUUAGGGGGAAGCGGCACUUUCUGCCCGCGGCGUCUGCCAUGGAGUCCCACUGCAGCCGACAGUUCAACUCUACUGUCUCCGGGCUUUGGAGGAAGUGUCACCGGGAAGGAUUCGACCUGGAGACCGAGGACCUUAUUUACAAAGGAAUGAUUCAGAGAUGUACCCCAGUCAAGUAUCACUAUUCCUCGUCCAUCCUUCCAAGGAAUUUACCCAUCAACAUCACAAAGACCAUACGUCAGGAUGAGUGGCAUGCUCUCCAUCUAAGAAGAAUGACGGCCGGCUUUGUGGGCAUGGCUGUGUCAAUCAUUCUUUUUGGCUGGAUCAUUGGAGUGCUGGGAUGCUGCCAGCAGCAUGACCUCAUGCAAUAUGUAGCUGGCCUACUCUUUCUUAUGGGAGGAACAUGUUGCAUCAUCUCUUUGUGCACAUGUGUGGCAGGAAUCAACUUCGAGUUGUCCCGCUACCCACGCUACAUGUACGGCCUCCCUGAAGACAUUAGCCAUGGCUAUGGUUGGUCCAUGUUUUGUGCCUGGGGGGGCUUAGGCCUCACAUUGUUGGCUGGCUUCCUCUGCACCCUGGCUCCCUCCCUGAGCACUCCCACUCGCACGACGACCCACAAACCGAGGCAGGAGAACGGAACCGUGUGACAGGAGGCGUUACAAAGAGACUGACCCACCUAACGCACAAAGCACACCUUUCCAUGUUUAACUCUGAAACCGUUCUAGUGUAAUCACCGUAUCACAACACCCUCAACGUGGCCAUAUCCUUUCAGUGUACAGUGUGCCUGAUCUGUGACAAAAAGCAGCAAAAUAAAGAUGAACUUCACACAUCAAAUCCCUUGAUGGACCUCCAGGAACAUGAAGAACAACUUGUACAGCAGAUCAUGAAUAGGAAACGUCUUCAAAGGCCUUUUUUUUUUUGGUGUUGUGUGUUUUGAUUUCUGAGAUACAGAUUUGCUGGCACUUUAAAAGUACCAGAUAUCUCUGAAUAGAAUUAUUCUUAAAAUGGUGCUUUUUGAAAUAAAUAAAGCCACUCACACUCCUACAAAGGAAACACAUACACAAACACAUAUCAUAUCAGUUCCUCUAGAAAGAUCUGAAAACAAACAUUAGUCCAGAACAUCCUUUGAAAACUUUGAUCUGUGUCAUUGUUUGUAAUUUUAAAAAGGCAUCGACAAUGCCGUGUUGUUGUUCGUAUUUAGUAAAACACACAAACUGAAAAAUUAGUCUGGUGUAUAAGGUCCCAGCUUGUAAAAAGUAUUACAGUUUGAUCAGUGAGUUAAAACACGCUAAAGAAAAUUAGCCUCAAAAACUAACUAGAAAAAUGCACUUCUAUGUUGAGCCAGAUGUUUGUGUAAAAUAGAUGUUCUUUUUUUUUACAUAUUACUUUUCUGUCCUAAAGGUAAAUGAGGCUGAGAAUUUGCAAACCUAUAAACCUGAACAUUUAAAAAAAAACUUUAAGAAAAAAAACCAAUCAAAACACAGCAGCUGUUGAGCUCUGACUGUUGAUGUUACAGCUCAUGCAGCUUACUUAUAACCUAACAAAAACAUGUGAAACCCAACUAUUAGAUUUAGUAUAUUUUUAACGUUUUAUCUUAAUGUUGGACAAUGUUUUUUUUUUUUGCAAUCUCUAAAUACAAGCACGUUAAGGUAUUUCAGAAAACAAGAAUGCAUUGGUAGUCAUCAGUGUAGCGCCACACACAAGAUUUCUCAUCCUAAUUAUAGGGAUACUGUAUCUUCAAACAUUGUGAGAAGGCCAAAUAUCUUCAUAUCAUCUGCAAUACAGAAACAAGCAGAAAAUGGGCAGUGGUCCUAAUCAUAUGUACUGCACCCUUUGCAAUUAUUGACCCCCUUGUAAAGAUUUGUAAAAAGGCUUAAAAAAAUAUUUUAUCAUAGCAACAUCAUCUUAACCCAAUAAAAAAAAAAAAUCUACCUUUAUGUACAUUUAUUCAGCAGGCAAAAAAAGUUCCAUGUUGAGAAUCCUUUUUUUUUUUUAUCUGUGAAGUAGUUUUUGAUAUCCCUAACAAUUCUUAUAAAACUUGAGGUUUUCUUUUCUAAUUUAUAUAUUUGAUGAGAGUGUUAUGGAACUCAAGCUGGCACAUAGCACAGUUAUCACUGUGGCCUUGCAGCAAGUAGUAGUCCUGGGUUCUAAUCCUAGCAAAGGCCUUUCUGCAUAGAGUUAGCAUGCUCUCCCUGUGCAUGCAUAGGUUCCUCCCACAGUCCAAAACAUGCAUGUUAGGUUGUUUGGUUCUCUAAGAAACCAAUUACCUCUGGCAAGAACAAAAUCAAAUACAGACAAUGAAUGGUUUAGGAACCUUUAAUUAGUAAACAGCUUCUGUUUACCUGGGGUACAAAUAUGAUGUGACACAGUCCAUUUCAUUUUGCCACCAGACAUUAGUAUGGACAAGCAGCCCAGCUUAUUUUACCACUAUGCAAAGUGAGGAGAAUGGUAAAGAAGGGCACUAUUAGAGCACUGCAGCAAAGACUGGCAUAUUGGGCUCACCAAAUCUAUCUAACAACAGGUUGUUUGGGAGUUUUUUCUUUAACCAUCACAAAUAUAAACCUGUGCAGUUUGCAAAAUGCUUCCUGGACUUUGUCUGGAAUUGUGUUCUUUGGUCUGAUUAGACCAAGAUUGAACUUUUCAACUGCACUCCAGGUGGUCUUGUAUGAAGCAAAGGAAGAAUAUGUUUGGAAAAGCACCUCAUGCCCACUGUCAGUUAUGGUGGAGCAUCUGUGAUACUGUGGACCUUUUUCUCUUGCAAAGGCAAAGGCAAUGGGAAUCUUGUUAGAGUGAAUGGGAUCAGGAACUCUUUGAAAUACCAGAAAAGGCAUCCAAGGCUUUCAGAAGGAUAAUGAUUCAAAACAUUAUUAACACAUACAAGAUUCUCCUCACACAAAAUGGCCAUCUUCUUCCAUGGCCAUCUCAGUCCUCAGAUCUCAUUCCUAUUGAAAACCUGAGGUAAGCUGAAAAAGGGGGACACUCAGACAGGAUCCAGGACUAGUAAAGUCUAGUAAAACGCCAUCUCUCUGUAUGCUGCAACCUUAUAAGAUGUUAUAGGAGAGCACUAAAUGCUAACCUACUGGCAUAGGGGUUUGUGCAGAGUAUUAACAACAGGGGUGCCAGUAAUUACCCCACUUAUGAUUGGUAACAAUAAAAAAAGCAUUUCCUAACAUGGAUUUUUGCUAGAAAAGGUAGAUUUGUUUUAAAGCUUGUUUAGAUUUAUUUUAUACUUCUUUACCAGAGGUGCCAAAAAGUGUGGAGGGCGUUGCACAUUAUAAAUGGAACAACCUCUUUGUAAAGAGGUUUUGAUUUAAAUAUAAUAAUUUAUAAAGAUGCACAAAAUCAGAAAUGAGGUGUUUAUUCCAUACAACAAGUUUAACUCUGAGGUCAGGGUUACCUAUCUGACAGUCUCAAAGAUCCCUUAUCAAACUGUAAAUUUUAUUUUCUGUUAAGCAAAUACAGAUUUUAUUGUGUACUUACUUUUAAAAUGUAAGACCAAGUAAAGAUUUUAUUGUCCAUGUUUGUUUUCAUUUGUAAUUUGAUCUUCAGAAUCGGAUAUUCUUUAAAAAAGCACAGACAGUAAUAGACUAGACACAGCCACUUGGUUUAAACACUGAUGGAAAGCACAGCAUCCAUAUCAAACAGGUUGUGUUUUUGGAUGCAACAAUAGUUAUGAAAUAUGAAAUGACUCUUUUCUAAUGGCAUUUCUGAAAACAAACUGAAGAGUAAAGUUAACGUUUUAAACUCUUGUUUUUUUAUUUAAAUUGGCAAUGAGGAUAAAGUCUAAUUCUUUACAGUUCAUGUGUUACAGAAUAGUGUAUUUGUGUAUUAUAUUGUGAAUAGCUCUGAAAGUCAUGUUGAGCCAAAAUGAUAUAAAAUUCUGUUGAAAGGAAAAAGAGACUUAUUUUUGUUUUUCCUAGUGAUCAUUUCAAGUACCAGGAACUAACAGAGAACAUUCUCUUCCAGUUUAUAAUUGUUUCCCACUGACUAAAACACAUUCAUAAAAAAAUAUGACAUUAAUCAUUGGUUCAUAAUGCAAGUUUUAAUGUCAGGUGUUCAUUGCCUGGUAUGAGCCUUGAUCAUCCUUCUGUCAGCUAUGUCGAAUAACUCAUUUACAAAAUAAGGUGUCAUAGUGUGUUAACAACACUUUAUGUGAUGUUCAGUCCUUCCAGUAUUGCCAUUUAGGAGAAAAUUAGCUAACGCAUGACUGAAACUUGUACCGUCAGUGUGUGGUGAGAUCUUUGCACUUGGCUGCAUCAUGGAAAGGUCAUUUAGCCUGGAGUCUAAGACAGAUGUGGUUUUGUAAGGUUACACAAGAGAGCAAAUGACGAUCAGAGUGUGUAAGGAGCUUCAUUUCAUGGUGUUUGCUCAGGGUCCAGGCUCUUACAUAUAUCAGAAACUCUGACUAUGAUAUAUAAAGACUUUUGUGUAUGAUUGUUACAAAGAAAAUUAUUAAAUGCAAUGCAACAAGAUGAUGUGGGUUUCUCCAGUUUUGGGUUUACACCCAAACUUAUGUGCAUUGACAUAAAUAUUGCUGAAAACAGUUAACUAUUUGUAAAGGUUAUUUACUGCAAGUAUUAAGUGUUGUUGGGACUCAAACACAAUUGCACAAGUUUCUUGUGAGUUGUUGGUGAGAAAAUUUGACUUCUCUGGCCCUGAUGUGCCAUAAUGCAAUCAAAACGUUUUACAAAUGUGUUACACCUCCACAUCUCAAAUGGCAAACAUCAGGAACACGUAGCAGCAUCUGCAGCUGUCUCUGACUUGAUACAAAAGAACUGCAGCACACCGUAGCAAGACUUGCAACAUAUAAAAACAAAGAACACUUGGGUACAAGUAAUUCCAUCACAUUGUAUUCAGAAAGGUUGUAAAAUUCUUCACAAGUGGUUCUCUCCUGCGUGUUUCCUGAGGAACUUCGUACUACGUGCAACGAGAGAAAAUGCCGCCCCAUCAGAGUGGCACGUGUUUCAGUAACACAGCUUUUAUUUUCUACAUUUCAUUUAUACUGGGUGCAUCCACUUCAGAUGUUGUGUGGGAUUAAAAAAAGACAUUACAGUCUUGCAUGAUCUCAUUAGUUUCUUUCAAUAUAUGAUGAAAAAAAAUCUGUGUUCUUUUUAAUUGAUUUAUUUUAAUGUAAUAAAAUAUGCAUUUAUUAACA